AUGUCAGGUACAUUCUCCACUAUAUUUACAGCACCUUUUCUGGCCUUGGUUUCCAUUCCUCUGGUCUUCUUUGCAUAUAUUACCAUAUGGUUCUCUGCGGUGGCAUUGUUUCUGCGGCUCUUCGUCAUUUGCAUCGAGCUAUGCUAUGCCAUAAUAUCAAGCUACUUUGUGAUACCAACAUCAAGCAAUUCCUCUCUUCUGAACUUUGCCUCUGAACCGACGACACCAGCAGCCUUAAAUACGCCUAAGCGGCGGUCUAUCGAUAAUGGCGUUACUAUGCUUGUAUCACAAUCCACAAUCCAUCGCCAGCCGGCCCCUCUAUCCCAUGACCAGAACCGCUCGGCAUCAGUCCGACGGCGUACAAGUUCGAUUUCGUUGGGACCUCACGAGGGCGAUCACAGCCGACCGCCGCACAAAGACAAUCGGCGCAGAAAGACACCAACGACCCCCCCAGCUCCCCUGCUGAGUCUCAUCAGCGGAGAUGAAGGCCGCGACUUCGAAGGCCUGGGUGGCUGGCGCUGCCCACCAUUCGCUCGACCGCAGAGUCAUCCCUCGCGCUCCGCAUCAUCGUCCUCCAAGGAUAGCCUGAGCGAAGGCGCAGACGACCGAGCCUGGCUCUCCAUCAACCAUCGCCUGGAAUUGCCCUCACAGCCAUUUCCGCUCCGAAACCAUUCUGAGACGGCAGAUUUCCUCCCCUGGACCCACAGCCAGCCCGCCUCGCAGAAUCCCGAAGGUCGCACAGAGCGCCAUCAUCACCGCGCCGCGACUACCUCCCUGCUCCCGAGUCAGACCCGACGAGCACCACCUUCCCCGUCCAUGGCUCGGCCACACCGCUCGCGAGCAGUCUCACCGCGGCCACAGUCUCAGCACAUCAUGUCAACGCAUUCCGACUUCUUCCGUGCGAUGGCUAGUGCACCGCAGACGCAUGCGCAUCUAUCCGGUCUGUCGGACGCGGCAGGUGGUUACUUUGCGUUCCGGCCGGGGACUGGGGUGAAUAGUCGUGAGAGUGCGACCACAACACCGGGGUCCACGACCCCGGUUGAGGAUCGCUCCGCUUCGGGGAGCGUUGGUAGGUUUAUGGCUCACUACCCCACAGGGGUUAGGUAUCGUAGGCAAAGCAUGUCGGGGUCAUAUUCUGGUUCUCAAUUGCCUAGUCCUGUUUUGGGUAGAGAUCGGACGAUGUGA